AAACGUCACGUAAAAUUUGAAAAACAGUGACGAUUUGUUUUGCAUUUGUUUAAACUAAAUUUCCAAGCCCUUAUCUGACUAAUUCAAACUAUUAUUUUAGGACGAAAACAUAGAAAAUAAGUAGUUUUUCAAAUAGUAACCGACUGAGAAUGAGUAGUGCACAAAUUCAAGGUGAUAAUCUCCUCCAAUACCCCACAAUUAGUUCCUCCUCCGACUCGUACGAUAUCCCUUUUGUUUCCAAAUAUCCUAUCGGAGGCAGACCUAACUGCAGAUCAGCUCGUAGAAGAAUUGAGUUCUCCCAUCCUGAAAUGAUAUUCCAGCCUAUCGUAUCUGUACCUAAUAUUAAUCCUAGCAAUAAUAGAAGACAUAAUAAUGAAGAAAUAUCAACUAGAUAUGCUACCUUAUCGGUAGCAUUAAUAUUUCUAGUAUCUAUCACUGCCUUAUAUGUUGUUUACCAGAAAUUCCCAGAAGUUACAGAAGAAGAAAAAGAGCAUUUAAAGAUUCCCUGGAAUAUAGAGGACGCCAAACAGUUAGGAAUAGUUUUAAAUAGAUACAAGGGGGACCAUUAUUAUCAUGUGAUGUCUGGUGUAUUUUUAACUUAUAUAUUCCUUCAAACGUUUGCCAUUCCAGGAUCGUUAUUUUUAUCGAUUUUAUCUGGGUACCUGUUCCCAUUUUAUGUGGCCUUAGUGUUAGUGUGUACGUGUUCUAUGGUGGGCGCUACACUGUGCUUUAUGCUGUCCCAACUGUUGGGCAGGAAGCUCGUACUGAAAUACUUCCCUGAAAGGGCAAGCAAGUGGAAGAUUCAAGUCGAUAAACAUAAAGACAAUAUGUUUAAUUAUAUGGUUUUUCUUCGAGUGACUCCAAUACUUCCUAACUGGUUUAUAAACUUGUCUGCACCAGUUAUAGGCGUGCCUUUAGUACCGUUUGCAUUAGGAACAUUCGUUGGGGUAGCUGCACCAUCAUUCUUUGCUAUACAGGGCGGCCAAACCUUACAUUCCCUAGGCGAAGAUUUCAACAUGUCAUCGAUGUUUUGGCUGAUAGGAUUUGGAGUACUGUCCAUAAUUCCAAUUUAUUUAAAAAAUCGAGUAUAGUGCUCCUGUUUCAACAAAUUCAACAGGAAAAUUGACGCUAAUGGACACGAUAUUCAAAUUCUCUAGUGAUAAUACAGAUUUUUUCUGUUUUUUAAUUUUGUUUCUCGUUCAAGUUUUGUUUAGUCUAAUUCUUUGAUUUUUUUUAAGUGCUUGUAUUAAAGUGUGAUAUAGAGGUAAUUGUGAGAUCAGCCAGUAUUGUACAGAAGGUUUUUGUUAAUAUCUGUGAGCUUUGAGAAGAACAAAAUCUAAUAUAGAAAUAAUACAUAGUGUUUUUUUUUCUUUUAAAAGUUUAGAAAUUGUAAAUGUUCCUAUGAAAUUUAAUAAAAGUUGUUUAAUGUUUA